AUGGAGUCUGCGAGAGCCACAGGAAGUGCUUGUCGCAUCAUCUUGGUGGUCAUGAAGAGGGUCACGACAAGCAAUGCGGAUAUGGAGCGAAUGCCGAGCAUCGAGAGCGUGCCAGAGAGGCUGAAAGACCGAACGUGCUCCAGCGUGGCAGCGGUGGAUCAUGCUGCCAUGCGCGACAGCAUCAAGAUUGGUGCCCUGUGCGAAAUUCGAAAGGUGCUGGCACGUGGCACUCGCCAGCAGGGCUGA